AUGCAAAUUCCACCAGUGAUAAUGCGAUUAUUAGUGAUUUUAAGCGUUUCGUUAUCCGUCGUUCGGGCAUCCGCAGCCGUUCUGAACUAUUCGAAUGCUGUAACACGGGAGCCUUCGAAUGGUGACACCGUGGCUACUGUGGUCACCGGGCAGGGCACCGACAGGCGAAGUGGUGGCGGUGGCAGCGGUGAUGGUGGUGCUCUGUUGGUACUGCGUCGUCCUAUUAGUGCAGCAGUGCGGACGGCCGGUAAUAGUACUGGGCUACCAAGGCAGAGGUCACUGCAGGAUGUAGGUCGAUUGGUGGCAGCACAGUCGAUUACCAACGGUCAGGCAGAUGUACCACCAGCUUCGGUUCCGGCGAAGAGUGUCUACAGAACUAAGCUUUCCAAAUUGAAGCUUAUAUUACUGGCCGAUGUUAUGAGUGAUGUGCCUCCACCGUUGGAAUUAAUCACCUGUCUGGCGAACUCAUCGAAUCUGAAUAUAACCAGCAAGCACUGUGACUGCGAAAGUUACUCCUGCAAAGAUCUGCUGACAUCAUCGUCCGGUUCGUCACCUUUCAACUCGGUUAAUCAGAGGAAAAUUCACACAUCGUGCCGGGACGUUUGCUGUCGAAAGAAAAAAUUCAACCGCUCGAUCGAGCCCACGAUUCAGAAUGCCGUCGCUGCCGCGGUUUACCAUCACAGCUCCAUCGCACCUGUACGAGCGGCGCAGACCGGAAUGCCUCCGCGACCGGCAGGCGUGAUGUCCUCGGAUAGGCCCUUGUUACCACAGGUGGUGACGACACCCAUCAUCAGUGCCGACUUGCCGUCACGUACUCAUCCGUUGGCACGCGGUCGUCUGCAGCGGAAUUGCAAUGGUCGCAUCGUCGAUAUUGCAAUUGCGAGUGACAGUGCAACCAGUGGAGACGAAAAUCCUCAUGUCGGAGCGCCAGCAGCAUCGGAAUCGGCACUGACCGAGCAGCUUCCCUGGCUCUAUCGGGUGGUUUUAAUUGAAAAGGCGCUGACAAUUUGUGUCGGUACGUUAAUCCAUCCGAAUGUGUUGCUGACCACUGCAGUCUGUGUGAUAAACAAAAAUCCGGACGAGUUAAUUGCGCGAUGCCAGUCAACCAAAACGAGUCGGAACAUAACCACUUCCGGCGGCACCGGUGGCGGUGGUGGCGGCGGCAGGGCUGAUGGCGGCGAUAGCGAGGAGCAAUCGCGGGCCAUUCGAAGGAUCUUGCUGCCGAACCAGUUCGCUAGGACGUUCGAGCGGUUGGAAAACAAUGUUGCUCUGCUCGUACUGCAACAGGACGAUAAAGUCAAACAACAGCAGCUUGCCGGCGAAGACGCUCCGGUGCCGUUGCUGUUCAAACAAGCCUUCCCGGGCAUCUGGUAUCGGUCGCUACGGCUGCCGACGGAAGCGAAUCCAUCUCCCCCCGGUGGUGUCCAGAGUGGAGCCGAAACCGGAGCACAGGAAAUGGCACGGCAACAGCUUUCAAACCCCUUCCUCACGGCCGCCCCGACGGAAGACAAACGAAAUUUGCACGAACCGGCCCAUAUUUGCUUAUCAUCAAUUAUAAAUCAUCCCUCAGCGUCGUCUAAGAUUUGUCGAACUUACUCCUGGAGGAAGUCGUGGAAAAGUCCGAUUCGGAACGACUACGGCGAUGGCACUAAUUACGUAACGGCAAAUAUUAGCAUUUUUCCGGCCAUCGGCAGCCAAUGCCAGUGGGAGCACCGGGAGUAUUUGCAACACCACGGCAAUCUGUGUGCCGGGCUGGAGGACAAAAGUCAGAGCCUGGAUGUGGAUCUCAGUGGAGCACCCUUAAUUUGCAUGGAAGCAGAUGGGAAAGGAAGGACACGUAUUGAGCUGCGAGGUAUUCUCACGUGGUCAACGGAUAUCAAUCGCUCGCCGCACUUAUUUACCAACCUUACGACCUAUCGCGAUUGGAUCGAAAAUCAGUUAGAUAAGUUGGAUCAGCAGCGGCUUUGGUAG